AAAAACGAGUAGAGAUCCCAAGCUCUCAAAAUACGAGUAGAGACGCCAUCAAAAGAAAAAAAACGAGUAGAGACCAGAAACCUGCUACUCUGAUCCUCGGGAGCAGCUACUGCUACAAUGAAGCUCAUAAUUGUCUUGUUGCAGAUCUUUCUCUUACUCCCCAUCUUCUCCUUUUCGAUUCAGAGCAACUACAGCUACAUCUUCAGCUUCGGCGAUUCCUUCACUGACACCGGCAACCUCGUCGUCCUCUACGGCGGCCUGGCGACCGCGACGCCCGGUGUAUGGAUAGUGAAGCCGCCGUACGGGAUGACCUUCUUCGGGCGUCCCAAUGGCCGCGCCUCCGACGGGAGAUUGUCCAUCGAUUUCAUCGCUGAAGCGCUGGGUCUCCCUCUCCUCCCGCCGUCGCUGGCGGCGGCGAAGCAGAGCUUCCGGCGAGGCGCCAACUUCGCGGUGGGCGGAGCCACGGCGCUGGAGCGAGCCUUCUUCGUGGACAAGGGCUUCAAGGCUGUUUCUCCGUUCAACAUCUCCCUCAGCAUCCAGCUCGGGUGGUUCGACGCCCUCAAGCCCUCGCUCUGCAGCUCGCCCCAAGCAUGCAAGGACUACUUCGCGGAGGCGCUGUUCGUCGUCGGGGAGCUCGGCUGGAACGACUACGCCGUCAUGCUGCUCGCCGGCAAAAGCGUCGAUGAAGCCGGAUCACACGUGCCUGAAAUCGUUGGGAACAUCUGCGCAGCCACGGAGAAACUGAUCAAGGAAGGCGGCAAGACAGUGGUGGUGUCGGGGAUCCCGCCGCUGGGGUGCGCGCCGGCGAACCUGGUGCUCAUGGCCAACCAGACCGGAGGCGAGUACGAGCCCGGCACGGGGUGCCUCAGGGACCUGAACCUGCUGUCCAAGGAGCACAACGCGCAGCUCCGCCGCGCCCUGGCGCGGCUCGGCGGCCGGUCCCCCGCCGGCGUGCGGGUCGUCUACGCCGACCUGUACUCGCCCAUCAUCGACUUCGCCGCGGCACCGGGUCGCUACGGGUUGGACGGCGAGCAGCUGCGAGCCUGCUGCGGCGGCGUCGGCGGGAGGUACAACGUCGACCUCGCCGCGCUGUGCGGCAUGCCGGGCGUCAGCGCCUGCGCCGACCCGUCCAAGUACGUCAACUGGGACGGCGUGCACCUCACCGAGGCGGCCAACCGCCGCAUCGCCGACGGCUGGCUUAGGGGUCCGUACGCCCACCCGCCCAUCCUCAACACGACGGCGACGGCGACGGAUUAGCAGCUCGUCAGACUUGGAUUAGAUAGAUACAGAGAUACUUGGAUUGAUAGGAAUCAUGUCAUGGAAAAAAUAUGCUUGCAGGCCCAUAACUUGUACAGAAAUGCUGUUGAUGAAUUUGGAGUAAUGGUAAAUAAUAAUAUGCUUAACAGCAUUUGGUACAA